AUGGCGAACAAGAGUCCUGAAGGAAUCAACAAGCCUAUGAAAGUUUCGGCCAAGGAUGGAAGUGCAGAGAAAUCGGAGACGGCCUUUGUGGAUUUACCGGCCCCCACCGAAUCCUUUGGCUUCCAGCGAGAUCGGCUCGGAGUGGUCCUAUGCAUACUCGUGUGUGAAUUGUGCGAGCGGCUGACCUAUUACAGCAUCGCAGGCAAUCUGGUGCUUUACUGCACCAAUAGCCUGAAAUUCUCCAGUGCCGAUGCAACCACGAUUUCCCUCAUCUUCACGGGAACAUCUUACUUUUUGCCGGUGCUAGGUGGAUGGAUCGCCGACACGGUAUCGGGGAAAUUCAAUGCUAUACUUGGAGCCGCUCUCAUUUAUUGCAUAGGCACAACUUUACUUCCACUGAUCUCCAUCGAUUACACCAAGUACGGCCCUCACCUCGGGCUUUCAACCGGCCAGCAGCGAGGCUUUUUCCUUUUUGGUAUUGCCAUCAUUGCUGUCGGUACAGGAGGCAUCAAAUCCAACGUUGGCCCUUUUGGAGCCCAACAGUUGGAUGAUAAGGGGGAAGGUGCGGUCAAAACCUUCUUCAACUGGUUCUACUGGUUCAUCAAUGUGGGUUCGGCUGUCGCCUUUUCAGCUGUGGUGUAUGUGCAACAGGAAAUUGGGUUUGAUGUUGGGUUUGCCAUUCCAGCAUGUGCCCUUGUUGUGGCAAUUAUCAUGCUUUUGAUUGGUCGAAAGUGGUAUCGUAUGAGGCCGCCAGAGGGGAGCGUUUUCACAACUGUUGCCAAAAUCAUCUGGGAGGCUAUCAUCAGAGGACGUAAGCCCGGUGCAAGGAAAGACAAGAGGACCAGCUGGCUCGAUAGCGCCAAGCAGAGCUUUGGCGGUCAUUUUCCCGAUGUUAAGGUCAACGAGGUGAAGUCCCUGGGAAGAAUUCUACCUGUCUUUGCUGUCAUCAUCUUCUACUGGACUGUGUACAACCAGAUGUCCACAACCUAUUUGCUGCAAGGUGAGCGUAUGCGUAUCGUCUACAAUAACUUCACCAUUCCAGUAGCUGCUAUUAACCUCUUCGACAUUGUAAUUAUUCUUGUCCUCAUUCCUUUUGUGGAUCGUGUCUUCUACCCGUUUAUGGCCAAGCUUGGAUAUCCGCUCUCGUCACUGAGGAGAAUUGGUAUUGGAAUGGUCUUGGCUGUAUUGUCCAUGGUGAUUGCUGCCGGAAUUGAAUUUGCGCGAAAAGCAAACAUUGAGGAGUAUGGAUACUUCAAACAGGAAUUGGCCAACAAAGCUUUCAAUGCAUCUGAGUUGUCAAUUUUUGCACAGAUCCCUCAGUACACAUUGAUAGGAGCCAGUGAGGUGUUUACAAGUAUUACAGGCCUGGAGUUCGCAUAUUCUCAAUCCCCAAAAGCUAUGCAAGGAGUAGUCAUGGGGCUCUUUCUCUUAACAUCUGGACUUGGCAGCUACAUUGGAUCACUACUCGUUGUAGUCGUAAAUGCAAUUACAUCAGAAGAUGAGUGGAUACCCGAUGAAAUCAACUACGGCCACCUCGAGUACUUCUUUUUCCUUCUUGCCGUGAUAAUGACCAUCAAUUUUGUCUGCUUUCUGUUGAUUGCGAGGGGUUACGUGUACGUAAAGGAUGCUGAGCUCAUUUUACUUCCGGAGACCGAUGAUGAGAGCAGUAGGAGGAGCAGUCUUGCCGGGGGCAAUCGUCGAAAUAAUCAGAAAGAUACCACACCCCUUUUGAUGAAUGAUGAUGUAGCACCUACUUCAUUUACAAUUAACUAGUGCACUGUAAUACUAUUUGAGCAUCUCCACCAACAUCCGUGCUAAGUUGCUAACAUCCCUCAAUGUGCCGGUGUAGCCAAUUCACAAAUUAUUUGAGCACAAAAUAAAUUCUAUAUAAUCAUCUUUUCUAUUACGUGUAUCUGUAUAAGCAGAUGUUUCCCAGCAACAUAAAUCUACCUUCGUUGUUCCAGAUCCGCACAGUAUUUUUUUCGGACAGUUUUGCGUUUUUUGUUUGUUAUUUAUUGAUUGCCUUCUCACACCUGUAUACUCCCUUCAAACACCCAACCCCCUUAAUUUUUCAUGGAUCUGCUGUUGUCAUAUGUGUCUAUAAUUGCCCUCUUGUUAUCGUCUAUACAUUGCAUACCCCGUCGGUAUAUUGUGCUGUGUUACUUGCUUUGUAUUUUCAGAUUUUCGAUAUCAUCCUGUAUAUUAGUUAUAGUCGAAUACAUAAAUGAUGAUAAAUCUUAUAAAAUAAACAGUACAGAACAACUAGGCCCAAAGCAGGCUGAGCUUCACUGACAGUAGCCUACCUUGAAUGUAAAGGCAAAGCACUCCAUUGUUAAAAAUUGGUCCCAAAAACUUAGUUGACGAGACAAAUAAACAAACAGUUGUUCACAGCGUCCCCAGUUGUAAAUACUGAUUGAUUAAAUAAUCCUUAACAAAGACGGCACCUAGUUUUGCAAUCAUAGAGCGCAAAAUCAAAUGACGCCCAUUGUUAUGACAUUAUCGUGCACGCUUACUUUUGUAAUAAACGACAUAAGCUUACGCGUCAGUGAACUGCCCAUUUUAUGUUAAUUUUCAGUAUUUUUUUCGAAAAUAACGUUCAUAAUGUUUAUAGUAAUUAAGAAUUUUCUUGAGGUUCGGAUGUGAUUUUUUAUGCCUGAAAUUUCUUCUGGAUCUUUCCACUAUAAAAUUAAUUCAUAGUUUUGCACUCAUGGGCAUAAAUGGCCAUGGCGGCAAGAAGCUCAAGCUACCCAGUAAAAAUGUACAUGGGUACAAACUUUAGAUUCUCCGAGGUUUUCCAUUUUUGUCUUAAAGAAAUCCCAUAAGUAAUACGUCCAUUUCUUUCUUACCUAAGUGGGGUAUCUGACGUACGAAAUAAAGAAUUGACUAGAGAUUGGCGUUUGAGUUUCCAACGCAUGAGUGAUCAGUCAAAUUUUCAUUUCGUGUGACAAUGCCUCUGAAACAUGCAUACAAAUUCAUCGAUGAUGUCAUUGUGACGUCACUAUAUGAAACAAAUGUUUUUGAAAGGAAAUUGUUAAUCUCA